AUGGUCAUUAGUGAUGGUGACGGUAAUGAUGACGAUGGAGAAGAUGAUGAGGAGGAGGAGGAUGAUAAUGAUGAUGAUGAUGGUGAUGAUGAUGAUGAUGAUGAUGAUGAUGAUGAUGAUGAUGAAGAUGAUGGUGAUGAUCGCUAUGAUGAUGUUGGUGCUGUUGUCUAUGAUGUUGCUAUUGUUUUUGUUGUUAUACUUUCGACAAGGGUGUGGUUUCAGAACCGUCGAGCCAAAUGGAGGAAGCGGGAGAGAUUCAGUCAGUUUAAUACAAUGAGAGCAAUGGCCACAGGAACCCCAUAUGAGAUGCCUAUAGCACCCAGACCAGAUGCUUAUAGCACAAUGAAUAUGACUGGUUCAUCAGCUUGGAACACUAGCCAGUUAGGAAACUUCGGAGCUGGGCUACAAUCGCUCAACUCCACCACCAACCCCAUGCAGAACUGGGCCGGACAAGCUGCGGCGACACAACUCACCUCAUCGUGCAUGGCCCCCACAACCACGAUGCCAAGCUACAUGGGCAUGCAUUCAAUGACGCCAGACUUCGGCUUCAAGGCGAUGUCCAACCAACCGCACAACGCGGGCGCAACCGCGCACGGUCAGUCGCCGUCGGCCGCCGCGGCUGCAGCGGCAGCGGCGGGACUCUACUCCGGUCAGACCUCGCCAAGUAUACCGACGUCGUUACCGGGACACUCUCCCAUGAUGGGCUCUGGCGGUGUGGAACACGUGGAGACAGACCGACGCAGUAACAGCAUCGCCGCGUUGCGGUUGAAGGCCAAGGAGCACAACUUCGCCAUGGGGAUGAUAGGCGCUUAUUCUUAAACCAAAGAGACGAUCAACCUCUAAAUCGAGCGUCACUGUAGCGUCAUUGUAACGUCUUUUGCAUCAAAUUGAAACCAAAAGUUCGACGUCACUUUGACCGCGUCAUGAUUGUAAUUGAACUGUGACCAAAGAGUCGAGAGAAAAGGAGACUUCCAAAAGUUGGAUGGCAAAAUGGACAUCAACAAUCUCUAUAUUGUUCUCGCCAAAAGAAAUAGUCUACCACCGUCAACUUAUUGUUGCUAUUGCUGAACAUCGAGGUUUGAAAAGUGAUAGAUUUUCUUUGCCAAUGCAAUGACUCUGAACAAGUGAAUUUGUAUAAGAUUAUAAAAGAGCGGUGACGAUGACGUAAUCAAAUUGUCUGUUCACUAUGUUCAGAUUCCCCAACUCUGAUGCACUCAAUUUAUGAAUAGAAAUUAUUUGGAAAUAAGAAGUUAUGAUUAUGAUAAGCGUCGGGAAUAUAGUAACAUUGAGUCAUUCAAUGCAAUCUUUGAUUCAACGUCCAACUCGAUUUAUGAGAGGAAAACUUGAUGUCCAUUGGUGGUAAUUGGAAAGGAAUGGAUUUUAAAAAGAUCCUGAAUUUACAUGAAACAAUAAUACGUCGAGAGUGUAAUGUUCACCACAUCACGAAAUAAACGUUAUUUCAGUAUUUUCAACGUCAUAAUAGCUCUGUUCAAGAACUUCAACAUCUUAUUCGGAUGGGCAACGCCUUAUUAACUUUGUUCAAUAAUUUUGGGUCACUAAACAACGUUUAUGGAACGCCAAUUGUAAGGGGGAUAAUAAUUUUUAAAAAAAUAAUUCGAUGUUUACCGUGUUCAUAUCAAAAUCAGAGAGGCAUUUCAUUCAAUAACCUGUAUUCAAGUUAUUGAAUACUGUUGUAUGGCAUUGGAUAGGAAUGAAUUGAUGUUGAAUGACUAUUGAAUGAGCAAUUAAGUGAUAAAAAACUAGUGGACCCUUACGACAUCGAAAUGAAAAUGGAGUUAUUUUACAUUACAAUGAGUUGAAUGUUAUCCUGACAUCGAAGGACAGUGAAUAAUGUUGAAUGGUCGUUGGAUAAGCAGUCCAGUGAUAAGUUAUGGGCAUCAACGCAGAUCCCUUUACAUUGUGAACACGAAUAUAACCUUUGGGGGAAAGGUCGUAAUUCCCAGAAAAGUUGCUCCUGAAAAUACGACCGGAACAUUUUGGAUGAAAUAAUAUCUGAAUCUGUUGACGAGGGAUCUCUUAGCAAGUGUAAUGAGAUGAGGAUUUGUGAAUAGUCGGACGUAAUACAGCAUAUAGUGUUAGUCUAAGAAUAUCGUAUUCAUAAUCCAGAUGAAUUAUUUGUGUGGUCAUGUAUAUGUAUAAUCGCGAGUUCAGUGUGAGGAUAAAGAUGAUGAAUGCCCCCGUGGGGUUAUACCAAGUGAAGCGGAAAACAUUAUGUUAUGAUUUUGGUGAUGCAAUGUUUCGUUGGCUUCUAUUUUCGUCAGCAAGUCUUGCCGAACUGAUGAAGAGGAAGCAGGGAAGUCCUUGCUAAGUGUGUUUUCAGUCUCAAAGUUGCCAAAACAGAUCUGUAUUUUACGGGGAAUGCAUGCAUGCUCUUCCGAGCCGGAGGGAGUUCUGCUUAGGGUAUGUCAGUCUUGCCACAUGAAAAUGAGUUUGUGGGACUAUGUCAUCUGGUUUGCAUUGGCUGGAGGAAUUUAUCCCAUUCGUCACUAGUAUUUUGCCGCCAGAUGAGACCAAGGGAAUUUGCUCUCCGAUACUCUCUCCUUCCUUCUUCCUCUAUCACUUUGCUACCCCCCCCCCUCCCUUCACCCUCCCCCCCCCCCCCUCUCUUUUCUUCUCCCUCCUAGCAAUUCUACUUAUGUCAAACUAUUUCAUUUCCAACACUUAGAUUUUCUUCUUUGAAUAUUCUAUCUUUAUUCAUAUUAAGCAUUUCUCCUGAUUAUACCCCUUGAUACCCUAUUUUGUAUAACUCCACCCCACUUUUAUUCGCUUUCAUGUUGCCCACCUUCUUGUGCACCCCCCCCCCCCUCUCUCUCUCUUCAUCUCUCCAUCUCUCUCUCCCUUCCUUUUCUCUCCUCUGUCUCUGCCACUCUUUCUUUCUUUUACCUUUCUCUCUCUCUCUUUCUAUCCCUCAUUAAUCUAACUCACUUUUUAUCCAUCCAUCCAUGAAUCUAUCUAACCAGCCACGAUCUUUCUCUAUCUCCAAAUUAGGACUUCAUUUCUCUUUGGUAAUACCUCGGUCACAUUUGCUCUACGGCGUAACAAUUUUGUACCACCUACAUAAUAGGUGGUCUGAAUAAAAAUGAAUCCUACUUGACGUACCUCCUAUUCCCCACUCCUUGCCAUUCGAUGUUUUAUGUAUAUUAAUUCCACGACAUGUUGCAGAAUUAAGGACCAAAGCUAGCUAAUCCAACAUAAUUUGAUCCGAUUCAUUUGUUUUCUUUGCAUUGGGUAACGUAGAUUUAAAAAUCCCAAAGCGGACUGCCGAGUUAUAUUUAUUUUUAUCAACAAAAUUAUAAAUGACCUAAGCUAAAUCAUGGCUACACUUUCUGUUUUUUUAUUAAUAAUUCCAUCAUCGUAUCAUAAUUCGCGUAUACUGCUGAACUUCAUGAAAAGUGUAAAUGCGUGGAUAGAGUAAAGAUAAACCUCACUUCUGUUUAUAUUACAAUUCUGUAAUUACAGUUUCAUGAUUACAGCUCUGUAAUUGCAGUUCUAUUAUUACAGUUCUGUGAUUACAGUUAUAUUAUUCCAGUUCUGUUAUUACAAUUCUGUUAUUACAGUUCUGUAAUUACAUUUGUCCGUUUUUACAAUUCUCUAUUUACAGUUCUACUGUUCUUUGAUUACAGUUCUGUAAUUACAGUUUUUACAAAAAUAUUUUAAAUUACUUCCUGUCUAAUCGCAAUUUGGACAUUUCAAAUCCAAAUCUUUUAUAUAAUCUUACGAUGUCACAUUUCAAAAUAUAUACAUGAAUACUAUGUGGAGACAUUGUGGUCUAGUAGUUAAGACUCUCGUCUUUCAAUCUGAGGGACGUGGGUUCGAUUCCAAGCCAUGGCGUGUUUCCAUUCAGCAAGAAAUUGAUCCAUACUGUGGUGCACUCAAGCCAGAUGAUGUAAAUGGGUACCGGCAGGAAGUAAUUCCUAAAAAGCUGUGAGCACUGGAAUCGGUAGACUAGCUUAGCCGCCUUGAGCUCUUACCAAAGUGGAUAAUUGCACUAUACAAAUCUUACAUUAAUCAUGUUUAUUAUUUUCUUUACAAGUGCAAGUCAUUUCAUUUCAAAUUCUAACUUUAAUUGAUCUGUUUUGUAACACUAGGCACGCUCAUGCAACUUAAGCACUAUCCAAAUAAUACGCAAUGCAACUAUUACAAGUUGAUGAUAACCAACGCUUAUACCAAAAAAUACCAAUAAAUCACUGCCAAUGUAUUCUUCGCGGAACUCUGUUUUUAUCGAUAAAAACACAUUUUGUUCAAUAUAAUACACCCAUUUAAUCAAGUUAAGACAUUUUGGAAUAGCUAGAAAUUUUCGUUGAACGUAGCAUAGAAUGUUUCAUAAGUUAAUCUUGUUUCUUUCUUUCUGUAAGAAAGAGAUAUGAUAUUAUUUUGUAUGUAAACCUAUAUUUAUCGAGUUUGUCCGAAGAAAUGGUAUAUAUUGUUAUUUGUGUCAAAUAAAUUUGUUUCGAAAGG